UCAGCGAAACACUGGAUUCUGGCGAAAUCCACAAGGGCAAUGCCAUUAAUUAAGAAGAAGAAAUUUUAAAUGUAUUCUUUAAAGAUGUUUUUUUCUGUUUUCCUAUAAAUUCACCAUACGAAUGAUUACAUUUUCUAAAAAAAGCCUUAGUUUUUUAGUGAAUCAAUUUCGUAUUUACAAUAAAGUUUAUCACUCUGUAAGAAAUCUUCAAAAUAUGUCUUCCUGUUCACUCAGUACUGUGCCUAAGGUGGAUAUUGAUCCAUCUGGAGUAUUUAAAUACAUAUUAAUAAAAGUUUAUGAUGAAGAAAAGAAUAAACAAGAACCCUCUGUGAUUAUAGUUCGAGGAUAUAAAAGAUGCAACUAUCAUUCUGAUAUUUAUGAUGAAGUUCAAGAAAAACUUCAACCAUUAGAUUGUGAACCAUUGGGUGGUGGUAGGAUAUCACAUGAACCAGAUAAUAAGAAAAUCCACAUCUAUGGAUAUUCUCAAGGCUAUGGAAAGGCAGACCAUGAAGUAACAGCCAAACUUAUCAAAGAUACUUACCCAGAAUAUACUAUCACUGUUAGUGAUGAAGGGUAUUAAACUUUAAAGGAUAGGAUUUAUAUUUUUAUAAUUUAAUGUCAUAAUAAUAAUAACUCCAGUGAUACUAGAACAUCUAGUCUUUUCAUCACCAACAUUCUCCUAUGGAAGUAUCCAGAUAGAUAUAUCCAGCAACAAGCACCAUCCCCAUAAUUCACAAUUUUUUUUCAUUG